UCUUUCUUUCUUCCUUCCUCUGUCUGUGUCUCAUUGCAGCCAUAAUGAACUGCAAGCUAUGGGUCAUAGAUGGUCAGGCGUUCCAGUCCAUUAUGCUGACGAGUGGCCUUCUAAGAAUCUCUCAGUCGCUGGAUCUCUUGCGCAGCGAGUCUUUCUUCAGGUCAUUACCAGAGGAUGCUCUGGUGAAGGUGUCUGACGCCCUGGAGGAGUGUCAAUACAGCGACGGUGAUUACAUCAUCCGCCAUGGCUGCCCGGGAGACUCUUUCUUCAUCGUGAGCCAAGGCCAGGUGAAGGUGACGGAGAGGAAGUCUGUCAGCGAUGAACCGAUAUGCCUGUCCACGCUGAGCAGAGGAGACUGGUUUGGAGAGAGAGCCCAGCGAGGGGAGGAAUCAAGGAUUGUAAGCGUCAUGGCAGCUGGGGAUGUGACAUGCUUAGUGAUAGAGAGAGAGUCUUUCAGGAAACUAAUGGAUAGUUUGGAAGAUGACAACAAAAUUGGACGUGACAACAAAGAGAACAAAGCAAAGUCAGAGGAGGAUGUGCCUUUCCCGUCUGAUGUCUCCCUGAGUGACUUCCAGGUGAUCUGCUGCCUUGGACAGGGCCAGUUCAGCACUGUGGAGCUGGUGCAUUUCAAAGGUGACUUACGUUGCCCAUACACUUUGAAGAUCAUCCAGAAACAUGCAGUGCUGAGCUCUGGCCAGCAGGGGCGCCUUCAGACUGAGAGACGCAUCAUGAUGGAAGUCAACUGCCCUUUCAUAGUCAGGUUGUACCAGACCUUUAGAGAUGCAGACUGUCUGUACAUGUUACUGGAGGCUUGUUUGGGUGGUGACCUCUGGACCUUACUGAGAGACAGGUACUCACAUUUAUUUUAUUAUUGUUAUUAUUAUUAGAAAGCAUAUAUUAAUAAUAUUGAGAAAAAAAGAAAGUGUAUUUGGUUGUCUAAUGUUGAGGCUUACUCAGUAUAGUUACAUGUAUAUUGCCAGAAGAGAUAUUGUAUAAAAAAUUAUCAUUUAAAACAACAAUUAGGGUGAUUGGUUUAAAGGCGGUUGCCAACUCGUGAUUGAAACAAUAUUAAUAAAAUACAAAUAAUUGGUGUAUUUGGAAUUUGGUCUGUUUAUUUUACUACGUUGUUCAUCUGUUAAAUAAAAACCCUGGCCUGUAAUGACUAAUAGCCAGGAUCUUUUUCUGUAUUAAUGUGGGUGAUAAGAAUUAAUUCGAUCUGGUUUUUUUUUUGUCUGUGCUGACAUGCGGAAAGUCUAAUUAUUUCAUUGCACUGCUUGUUCCCAACUCAGAUUCAGUCCAUUAGAUUCUCAUUAGUUCUACCACCGGUGUCACCGCAGUUACCAGAUCCAGUUGGAAUCCAGUUAACUCCUGGGAGAACUUUCAUCUCUGGUUCUGGGUGUUUCAGGGGACAUUUGAUGGACGCCUCUGCACAUUCUACACUGCCUGUGUGGCAGAAGCUCUCUCUUACCUGCACAGCCGUGACAUUGUCCACAGAGACCUGAGACCCGAGAACGUACAUCUGGACCAGUAUGGCUACGCAAAACUGGUACCCGUAUAAAGUUAAGGACGUAAAGGGACAAACAACCAAUGCUUUUCAUUUGCCGAGUUAGAAAAUAGGCUGGCCGAGAUGGAAAUAGAAAUUUCACAGUGCACGUAGCAGUGCAAAUCAGAAAUGGCAUGGGUAAAGCAAAUAUGUAUUGAGUAUAAGCAUUGCAAUCAUGUCUGUGUUGCCUUUGAUCAGUACCUCAUUAAGGGUAUUUUAAGAGAUAACGUUCGCCACUAGACUUCAUCAUGGUAGGAGAUCACCCACCCUCUUCCAUAUGCAGUUGCACAUGCAAAGUAAUUUGAUCUCUUAGAAGUUUCUUUUUUUGUUGAUACAGCCAGUUUGUUGACAUUUUUUUGUUGCUGUUUACAGAGCUUUAGAAUGUCCAUGGUGUGAUUUUUCACAGAGCAUCUACUUUUGUGAGCUCUAAAUAUUGAG